AAUAGCGUUAUUCACACUCCUUUCUUGGCUUCUCAACGUUACAUGCACCUCCUCUUCUCUCUUCGAUCCUCUCUUCUCUAUUAAAUUCAGUUGGUGUCUGGAGUCUCUCGAAUCAAAACGCUGCGUUUCGAUCUCGAACGCCAUGGAAAUGGCUUCUAUUUCUUCGAGUCCGAGGACUGUAGAGGAGAUCUUCAAGGAUUACAGCGGUCGUAGAGCUGGUGUUGUGCGUGCCUUAACCUACGAUGUUGAUGAAUUCUACAAGCUCUGCGAUCCAGAGAAAGAGAAUUUGUGUCUGUAUGGACAUCCAAAUGAUACUUGGGAAGUAACUCUUCCAGCAGAGGAAGUUCCUCCAGAGCUCCCUGAGCCAGCGCUUGGGAUCAAUUUUGCGAGAGAUGGCAUGAACCGCAAAGACUGGCUUUCACUGGUUGCUGUGCACAGUGAUUCUUGGUUGCUCUCUGCAGCUUUCUAUCUUGGUGCUCGCCUUAACCGCAAUGAAAGGAAACGUCUAUUUAGUAUGAUCAAUGAUCUGCCCACUGUCUUUGAAGUUGUAACAGAGAGGAAGCCUAUAAAAGACAAGCCUAGUGUGGAUAGUGGAAGCAAAUCUCGAGUCAGCACAAAGAGGGGGAAUGAAGGGCAAGUGAAAAGCACCCCGAAGCUGGCAGCAGAUGAGAGCUUUGAGGAGGAGGAAGAUGAACAUAGUGAAACCCUCUGUGGGAGCUGUGGUGGGAACUACAAUGCUGAUGAGUUCUGGAUUGGGUGCGACAUCUGUGAGAGGUGGUUCCAUGGAAAGUGUGUGAAGAUAACACCUGCCAAGGCUGAGAGCAUUAAGCAAUACAAGUGUCCAUCUUGCAGCUUAAAGAGGAGCAGGCAGUAGUAGUCCACUAAAACCAGUGGAGGGGGAUUAACAGUGUUGCUUUGGUGCCUGACAAAGUAGUAUAGCAAUAGAACCUUUUGGGAAUUCUCAUGGACUUCUUGUUGUGACCUUUAUUUAGUACCCAGAUGCUCUUAGAGGGUGGAAGGUUCUCCUUGCCACCUUGAAUGUUUGCUUCUAUAUUUCAUUUUAGUAAUUUUCUAUUUAUGACAAAUGCAUGGAUGUUAUUUGCUUAUAAGGCCUUGGAUUUUUUUCCCUUAAUAGUAAAAAUUAUUUAAUCGAA